UAACCCCUCGACUGAUCCUCACCAUUAUCGGAGCCGCCAUGGGAUCCUUUCAGUUUGGGUACAACGUGGGAGUGAUUAACGCCCCUGAAUCACUGAUCAAGGCUUUCAUGAAUGAGACACAAGCAGACAGAGAUGGGUCCCACAUGUCUGACCAGUCCAUUCGAAACUUGUGGGCACUGACAGUGGCCAUCUUUGCUGUUGGCGGCUGCAUUGGUGGCUUUCUGGCUGGAUGGUGGGCAACCAGAUUUGGCAGGAAAGGUGGAUCCUUGCUGAACAUCAUUUUUGGUGUUGUGUCAUCCAUCCUUCUGUUUGUCAGUCGAACAGCUGGCUCCUAUGAAAUGAUCAUUAUUGGGAGAAUAUGCAUCGGUUUCCACUGUGGUCUGUACACUGGUCUCAGCCCCCUCUACCUGUCUGAAAUCAGUACCCCGAGCAUCCGGGGAGGGAUUGGUGUGUUACACCAGGUGGCAAUCACUGCUGCAUUGCUGGUCUCACAGAUCCUGGGAUUCCCAGAGCUGCUUGGGACAUCUGAGUACUGGAACAUUCUGCUAGGUAUGACUAUUGCACCUUGCUUAGUACAAGCCUUGAUCCUGCCAUUCUGCCCAGAAAGCCCUCGCUAUUUACUGAUUACAAAAAAGAAUGAGAAGCAGUGUAGAGAAGCAUUAAUGACCUUGAGAGGCAGUGCAGACAUUGAGGAUGAAGUCAAUGAGAUCAAGCAAGAGAUGUCAACAUGUGAUGAAAAAAUUUCUAUAAUUCAGCUGUUCCGGAAUCCAGCCUUGAGGUCCCCCAUGUUUAUUGGCAUUGUGAUGCAGCUGUCUCAGCAAUUUUCUGGUGUUAACGGGGUAUUCUUUUACUCCACGAGUCUAUUCAGUGAUGCCAUUGGGUCAGAAUCAAAAGCCAGGUAUGCAACCAGUGCAGUGGGUGCUAUCAUGGUGACAAUGACCGUGGUGACAAUCCCCUUAAUGGAUCGGCUGGGACGCCGGACAUUACAUUUAACAGGGCUUGCUGGAAUGGCCGUGUUUAGUAUCUUGAUUACUGUAACACUGGCUUUACAGGACAAAGUGGAGUGGUUCGGCUUUGCCAGCAUUGCUUGUGUGCUUGCAUAUAUUGUUUUCUUUGCUACUGGACCUGGUUCUAUUCCAUGGCUGAUUGUAUCUGAGUUGUUUUCCCAGGAUGCACGACCAGCUGCCAUGUCAGUAUGUGUGUUGGUCAAUUGGCUAUCCAGUUUUGUUGUGGGUUUUGUUUUCCCCAGUUUGCAGGAGGCACUGAAAGACUACACAUUCUUGCCUUUCACUGUGCUACUGGUGUUAUUUUUCCUGUACACCUACUUUGUAGUUCCUGAGACCAAAGGAAAAACAUUUGAAGAAGUUACAGCUCUGUGGCGGAAAAAUCCAAACAGGGUAACAAGUUCACCACUCGAGAAAAUGCCAGAAAAGAAUGGUGAACAUACUGAUGUUAGCAAACCAAAAUAUGGAAGUACAAAUGAAGCUUUCACAUCUGAUUAUGAGAAUAAUGCUAAAGAUUUAACGUAUAACACUAAAUUAUAA